CGCGCCAUUUUGCUUUCGUGUUGGUCUUUGUUGGCGAGUAUUUCUGUGUUUUGAUCGCAAGAAGAUGUCGAAUGCUGUUGAAUUUAACAGCCUUACGGCUAAUGAUGAAGUUAAAGUCAAGGUAGAACCACCGAGUCGUGCUUCAGAGAAACCUAGUGAUGAAGAAGUGGCAAAAUACAGCAAGACAAGAGUUAUUUUGGUUGUUCUAUUUGGAAUUCUCAUCAUCGCCAUGGUUGUUGCCGCUGUUGUUAUCAUUAUUGUUUCACCAAAAUGUCCUCCCCCUAAAGUUCCCAUCGAUAGAGAAUGGUUUAAAGAUCAGAUAGUUUACCAAAUUGAUGUUAAAUCGCUGAACGACACUGCAGAGAGUCUCGAAUACUUGAACGGCUUGGGUGUGAAGAUUCUUCGCCUGAAUUCGAUUUACCCUUCAACAAAUAAGAAUAAUGAUAUCGAAGAUCAUACUACCAUCGAUAAAUCGUUUGGGACUAUGAGUGACUUUGAGGAACUAGUUAAAAAAGCUCAUGAUAAAAACAUGAAGAUCGUCCUUGACUUCAUCCCUAACCACACAUCGAAGAAACACAAAUGGUUUGUAGACAGUGCCAAGAAGACAGAUUCAGAGAAAAGRGGGUGGUAUGUAUGGCGAAAAGAAAGUAAUAACUGGCCAAGUGUUACAGGGGGAAGUGCUUGGAAUAAAGAGCCUCCUACUAACGAGUUUUACCUCCACCAAUUCGAGGAAGGCAAACCUGACUUGAACCUGCGUAACGACUUAGUGGUCGAAGAGCUCAACAAGAUUUUAAAAUUCUGGAUGGACAAGGGAGUAGAUGGUUUCAGAGCCGUUGAUGUUCAAUACCUGCUUGAAAAUAGUACAUUUUCCGACGAGAAACAAAAAUCCAACUACAACAGGAGUAGUCUAACGUACGACAUGACUGAACACGGCCAAACAUUUGAUCUUCCUGAAAAUGUUGAACUGGUCAAGAAGUUCCGUGAUACCUUGAACAAAGCAAGUUCUCACAAGCUUCUCAUACUUGACCUGAAGGGAAAUAGCAACCAGGCUAAGCAGUUUGCAGAGCAAAGUGAUAUUCCAACCUACUCAGGACUUCUGGAUCUCAAGAAAGGCAGUGAUAUUCCUUUUAUUGUCAACAGGUCUGUCAGUGAAUAUCUGAAGUCCCUGUCUGAUAAGCAGAUACCCAACUUUGUUGUCAGCACAUCCAAGAACCCUGUGGCUGACCGUCUGACUGACCUUGUUGAUGCUAUGAAUGUCCUGCUACUAACUCUUCCAGGUAUUCCAUCUACAGCCUUUGGUCAAGAACUUGGAUUGGCUAGUAAUCAAAAUUACAUGAAUGAAAUAAAAAAUCAGAAAGAUGACGAGAAAUCACACUAUAGUUUGUACAAGGCUGCUGCAAAACUUAGGAAUGAAAAUGGUUUUAACAACACUGACUUCCGUGUUGUUCAUGUUGAUUCUAACAUCCUGGCAUAUGUAAGACAAAGCAAGUAUCUAGUAGUCAUCAACUUCAACAAGAAAGAUGACAAGGACAAUAUUAAUGGUUUAUCUGGCCGGGGUGAGGUAGUUUUGGAUUCUGAGUUUAAGUUAAAUMAAAAAAUUAAGGAUGUUAAUCAACUGCACUUAAAUGCAGGCCAGGCUAUUGUUGUCAAGCUUGAUAAGGGGUUUAAGUAUAUGGAUGUGUAGAUGAUUUAUGUAAUUAUUGCAGUGUCAUGGCAAGUUUGGCAUAAAAAAUCUUCAUCUUCAGUUAAUGAAAUCCAGUAUUGAUUUUAAGUUAUUUCUGGAGUGUGUAAAUGUUUAGGUUGUUGAUUCAUUAGCUAGACCAUUAAGUUAUUAUUGAGUUCUUAGUUACAUGUUUAUUAUUUCAGUUUUUUUAAAAAGUACCAUUAAAUUUCAAGUAUAAGAAUAGACAUGAAAAGAAAACUGAUUAGUUCUGACACAGCAUGUACUAAGCAUGUAGUACCCUUUGGUUAUUGAGUUCAAGGUACUAGAUACAAUAGGUGUAUUGUACACAUGCUAGGUGUAUAUUAUUUUACACCUUUGUAACUGUACAGACAACUUAUUUGGUGUAAAUAAGGCUUAAAAUUAUCCAGUAAGAUGUUUCCAUCAAUUAUUGGGUUUAUUACAGUUAUCAAAUAUUAUAGUUAGAUAACAUAAAAUAAUAUUGGUUAGGGUUAGUGAAGUAUUUAUUGCCAAAUGAUUUUUUCACUAAAUUAGACUCUACAUUAUAGUACAACUAGUUGUUAACUUAUACAAAAAAGAUCAAAUCAAGAAGCAAAUGUGAUAUUUUUAAACGUGAUUCCAAAGAGCUAAUUAUUGUGUAAUGCAUCAUCUAUGCCAUGUGUGUUUUUAAAAAUCCAUACUCUGAUUAAAAUCUAUUGGAUGAACACAAAUAGCAUGUAUUGGCCAAGGAGGGCCAGUUACAAUAUUUUUUAGGUCAAAGUAAUAGUGUCAGAAAUUAUAAUUUUUACUAAGAUUUCUGAAAUAAGCUUUUCUCAAUGUAACAACUGGAAGAAUGGCAUAUUAAUUUCAACAAACAUUGUUUUAAGUUAAUCUAAUAACUACUCAUCCAUGCAAAGGUUGGCUGUCAUUUUUUGAUUCAUUGUAUUCACUAUUUUACUGUAAAGUCUUAAUGAUAAUGUAAAUGUGUAUAUUUUAACUAAUCUGUCUCAAUGAAACCAUCCAUCAGUGAUGCACCAAACCCAUGAACUGACAAGAAGUGUCUAUUGUGGGGGUUUGAACUCUGCACAAACCACCUUACAUGGUUAUAAUUACACAUUUUUCUCUAGUAUGAACAUAUAGAAUAAAAAGCCAGUGGUGUUGUAUCUGUACUCAAAAUUAGAGUAAAUAAUAAAUUCUUGUUUAAUGUUA